UUCUUGUCUGGUGACAGUGUGUAAAAUGGCAGCUACACUGACGUCUCUCCUUUUGUUGUAUGUUCUUAAUGCACGGCCUUCUCUUGGAGCAGAUGAAAAUGCAUACCAGCAGUUUAUUGGAUGCGCGUUCAACAGUCGAGGACAAGUAGGUCACUUCUGGCGUUACGGCUACAACAGCAAGGAUAUCAUGUACAUCGAUUUGGUGAGGGAAGCCAUGGUCUCUACCAGUGAAACAGGCCAUUUCCUCACCGAGGAGAGGAAGAGUGUGGAGUACAUCAAGUCGAAGGAGAAGCGUUUGAGGAAGCUGUGCACUGCAGUGCAGACGGUUUUCUCCCUUUCUAAUAACUCCCUCUCCAGGGCAGUCAAACCCGCAGUGCAUGUGAAGCUGAGAGAGGAGAAGGGCCGGGAGUUCCUCCUGUGUCUGGUGCACGGUUUCUAUCCCAACGUCAUCCGUGUGCGAUGGACCCGCGACGGAAAGAACAUCUACUAUGGCACAUCGACCACUGGCGUGCUCCCUCACAAAGACGGCACCUUCCAGAUGACGAACUACCUCAGCCUCAGUAACACCAGCGUCCACGGAGUGACCUGUGAAAUCGAACACAUUAGCAUAGAUGGGAAAAUGAGGGCCACUUUGGAGGAAACACCUUCUCUUCUGCUGUCUGUGGUUUUAGCUGCAGCUGCGUUUUUUGCUGGAAUAGCAUUUCCAGUUGGCACAGUGACACUGAUCAUCCGUCUCAGGAGGAAACAAAAACCAAAAGACACCACAAAUGACUCUAGUGAGGCGUCAACUCCACCGUCUGUGAGCUUAAUGCACUUACAGGCAGAGUCCUAGGUGCUGUAUUUUGUGAUUUUUAAUUUGAAGUUAAAGGGAACUUAGAGGCAAAUGUAGUUGAUAAACACUAGAAGUCAAUAGUCACCCAAAUCUCCUCUCGCUCAAACCACAUGCAGGUCUUCAUUAAAGGGGAAUUCCGCACAUUAAAAGAAAACUGUAUAGUUCAGUUGUUCAAGAAAAAAGGAAAGCAAUGCAGAGUGGUUUGGUGUGAAAUGGUUAAUUGUAGAGUCACAGAUCUCUUUACAGUGGUGGUGAUAGGAACCAGGGGUCGCCAUGACUACAACACAGAUAUAGCCAUUUUAUUUACAAUCCCAAACCACCA